AUGGCUUCAAGAUCAGGUACGCGUAUAGUACGCGGAGUAACGUCCAAAAAGAAAGCUGACAUAGAGAAAGCCGCUGCUCUUCAGCAAGCAGGCCAAAAUGCCUACAAAGUUGGCGAUCUCCAAGGCGCCAUCGAGUCCUUCACCCAGGCAUUGGCGGCAAACAAUGAGGAUACUGGCGUUCUGGAUAACCGCGCGGCCACAUAUUGCAAGUUGAAACUGUACAGCCAGGCCCGCGCUGAUGCCAGAGCUAUGGUCAAGCUUGCACCCAAUGACGACCGUGGAUACCUGCGCUUGGCCAAGGUCCUGUGUCUAGAUGGGAACUUUGACAAGGCCCGAGACAUCUACGAAUAUGCCCUCCAGAAAAUUCCAGCCGAUCACCCAGGCCGCAAUGCAAGUCUUUCUUUCUUCCUUUUUCUUCUUUUCAGUCUCGUCCUCACGCAGUUGAACAAGAAACUGCAGGAUAAGCUGGCAGGAGGAAACAGGCGCGACCCAUUUACGACCCUGCCACUAGAGAUUGCAGAACUCACGCUUCGGCGCUUCUCCUUCAAACAGAUCGUGGCAAUCCUACGCGUCUGUAAAGGAUGGAACCGAUUCAUAGGCGGACUGUCCACCCUCUGGAUGCAUGUUGACCUCACUGGAGCUAGAUCUCGUGUACCUUGGACAUCUGUCCGAAACUACAUCCAUCGAUCCCGAGCACAACUGACCCGUGCCACCAUUUCAAAUCUUGUGCCCUCUACUACGCCUAAGGUGCUUGACAUGUUAAGCAGAUGCCCUCAACUAGAGCACUUGGAGUUGAUGGUUCCUCAUAACCAACCUAAAGAAUUCUACCUGAAAAUCAAAGAUUUUCAACAUCUGAGGAGUAUCGUUUGUGGAGCAGACAUCAGCCUUUCACAUGCUUGUGUUGGGAGUAUUUUAUCAGCCCUCUCGAAACUCGAGAAAGCUUCUUUUCUCCGUGUUUGGGAUAAUCCUACCAGAGGACCCUGGCCCUGGCCUCAGCAUCUCCCAAAUAUGAAGAGUCUAACUAUUGCGUCUUCACAAGAAAAUCCUCAAGGCUUGAGCUUCCCGGAUGUACUUCCGGGGCUGGGAUCGUCCGCGUAUCCCAACUUAGAGGAGUUGGGGCUGGUCUGGGAUCCCGCGCGUGCACAAUCAUACCGGUUUGAUCCGGUGCAAGAGGAGGAACAUCUUCCGCCGCUCCGCAUACUAGAUCUUCGGGGCGCGGCUGUCCAACAUAAUUUCUAUUCAAUCCUUCCAGCCAGCCUUGAGUCUCUUCGCUUGUUUUCCGGGUCCAUCGAGGCUCCUCAUCUUGGUGGAAAUAUGUUGACACCGGGCGAGAACGAACUUCCAAACUUGAAGACACUGAUAUUCAACGACACACCAUGGGUCAACCACUCCACGCUGUCCCUAUUCCUACUCCAUUCCAAGGCUCCCCUCCGAACCCUUCACGUGAAUUUUUGCCACAAGAUCAACAGCGAAGACUUCAUUAAUAUUCUUAACGAUUCCGACGGAGCGAAUCCAGAAUUGAAAGAAUUAACUGAUGUGGGAGUCGCCUGUAUGGCUGGUAUGGACGACUGGGGCGUCGGAAAUCUGUCGGCAGUAUUGCCAAAUCUGAAAAUCCUUGACUUGUCGCAAACGAGAAUUACUGGUUGCACCAUUCGCAUGUUUGCGGAUGCCCGGACCGAAGAAUCAGUCGUUGAGAAACUCGACGUUUUAAUCAUUAAAGGAUGUGACGGUGUGUCUCGUGAUGCCAUCGACUAUGGACGACAAAUGGGCCUCAAGAUCGUCACUUAG